AUAUUUAUAAAUAACUUGUGGUUUAUGUACAUGUGCCUUUUGAAACCAUUUACUUUGUAAAUUUAAUAAGUGUUUAAAAAUCAAGUUUUUAAGAAAAAAUAAAUAGUGAAUGCUUAAAUAAGAAUAGUAACGGUCAAUGGAAGAUUUUGCCGGUAGUUCGAUAAUGAACGCAAUAACACUUUAUUUAUCAACAUGUAAACUAAUUAUGAAAAUUGAUAAAGAUGAUCCAACUACAUGGACCGAUUUAUACCGGUUAGUACCAUAUUUACGACAGUCCUUAUCAUGUUCAGUUUGUUCGAAUUUGGCAUUGGAUCCACAAACACCGUCACGCGGUAAUUGUCAGCAUCAUGUAUGCCGGGCUUGUCAAAAUGGUCGGAAAAAAUUAAAACCAUCGUGUCAAUGUUGUCGAGUGUACACGGAAUAUCGUGAAAACUGGCAAUUACGUUCAAUUCAACGUUGCUAUAAACAAUUGUGCGUUUAUUUUAAGACAACAGCUGCUUAUAAAAAUAUUUUUGAUUUAGCGUUAAAUUCGAAUGAUUCAGCUGCAUCAAAUUUAAUGGAAUUAAUAUGUGAAGCUUCAUUGUUUACGGAUAAUUACAAAAAUUUAUCAUCACAAACGGAUUAUAGUAUAUUACCGUAUGUUUAUGUAAGUUCAGCAGCUACAAACCAAAAUUCACGAGUUACCUUAGCGACUACAUCGACGUAUACUUUAUCAAGUUCCAGCGCGACUACAACAAAAUCAUCAAUAUCAGUGCCAAAUGGGCAAGAGGAUUCUUCAUUGCAAUCACAGGACAGUUUGGAUGUUUUAUUUACAACACGGCCCACAGUAAAUACAAACACAUCUUUAGUAAACAUACAAAAUUAUUCAAUUCCUUCAAACAAAAUACUCAACUUCAAAAGAAAUGUAGUUACUGGAACAUCAAAUAAUGUUAUUAACAACCAAGUUUGCAAUAAUGAUGAUGUAACAACAAAUAAUUUCUACAUGAAUGAAAUUACAUCAUCAACGUGUACACCAAUUAAUACCAGUUUUAAGAAACCAGCUGCAAAUAGAGGAUCUAGUCGUUCGGUACAAGUGAGACGGAAAGGUUGCCGUUGUGGGAAUGCUACUCCAACACCAGGAAAGUUAACAUGUUGUGGUCAACGAUGUCCAUGCUAUGUGGAUGGUAAAGCUUGCUUGGAAUGUCGAUGCCGAGGAUGUCGGAAUCCACACAGAGCCGAUGGAGUGAAGGUUCGGCCACAUAUACCAGCAACUCAAAAUUUACAUAUACAUUAUCCUGAUACACCAAAAGUACAAGUGGAUAUUGAACCAGAUCCAAUAUCGUUAAAUACAAUAUCAUUUUCUACACCAAAUUUAAAAGUGGUUGGUUUAUAUUCUGGUGAUUUAAAUCAAAUUAGUUCAACGGUACCUUCAGCAAUAUUAAUGGGUGAUGAAACUUCUGAUAUAUUAGGAGAAGGCGAAAACAGUGAUCUAGAUUUAGAUAUAUGACAUCCUUGGAUGAAUCCUAUUGAGGAUUAUUUUCGUCACAAUUAAUAAAUUUUCAAUUAAUUAUAACAAUUCCAACUGUGAUAGCAUAUUCUUGGAUUAUAAUUGGUUUCAACAAAGUAUUAGUUUACGUCGUUAAUAUUUUAUUCAAGGAACUAGUCCGACACAUGGUGCCAAUGUACUGACUUAUUUUCUGGCAGCAUCCAUGUUAAAACGAUGCAGGAUAGAGAGGCAAACAAUAGUUCUCAAUGAAUCCAGGAUCGUCAAGUUUCAUCUGCAGUUUUCCUGAAUCCUGAAGACAUGAGCCAGUUCUUUAAGUAUAUUAUCGUAGUGCAACAUCCACUCAGAAAACCUUAUCUUGGCUCGCUUCAGGAGCUUUAUCUAGAUCUGCUCUUUUUGGUGUAUAAUGUAUGUUGGUAUACAAUACUUUCACUUCUUUGAAUUUUAUCGAACAACAUUGAGUCCUAAAACUAUGAAAAAAACAACAGAAUAAGGUGGUUUUUUUUAUCAUCUACUUGAAUUUAGGUCAGUACUUUGUUACUCUUCGCCUUAGAAAAAUUGACGAAGGUCAUUCUAUCGAAAAUAUCCAUAAAUAAUGAUAAAUAUCUCGCAUCGUUAAUUAUUGGGCUACAGAGC